AUAAGUACUGCUGUGUCUAUCCUUCUAGACCAUUUUUGUUCGAUUCGAUAGCGUUAUAGCGUUAUAACUUUAGUUAGUGCCGCACUGCCGCUCCAGAAACACGAUUGAACCAAAUAUUCGAAAAGCACGGGAGAAAUCAGGACUAUACCAUACUAAAGCAGUUUCUUCUUCCAAUAUCAUGGCAGAGUUCAUUGAAAAAACUGCUGAAACAAACCCAUCGACGCAAAAGAUUCAAACAGUAAAACGAACAUCCAACAAUUCAGUAUUCGUAGAUGCUCGCGUACAGAACAGAUUGACUGAUGCUAGACAGAGAAAAGGAUUUGUCGUUCGUGUAAGAACACCUGGCGACGGCGAAUGCGAUAAGAGAAAAACACAAUCAGAAUCGUUUGCUCGAGAAGACGAAAUGAGAACAAAUAAUAAAAUGUACACCGAGGCCAAUGAAACCAGAUUAAAUGGAAACGAUGGAAUCGCUAAGGUAUUUUCGACCAGCAGGCACUACAGUCAAUUAAUCAAAAAAGGUAAACCUAAUGUUUACUUGCUUAACGCCGAGAAAACGUCAGUAGGUGGGGAUUUCCGUUGUUUCGACAUCGGUCACGCAGAAGGUACACCGUUGUCGUUUGGUAUGCGAAAUCACAAAGUAAUCAUUUUGAUGGGCGCCACUGGAUGCGGCAAGAGCACGCUCAUCAAUGGAAUGGUCAACUACAUCCUCGGCGUCAAAUGGAACGAUCCUUUCCGCUUCAAAUGUGUCCGUGAAACGACCGCCAGGAAUCAAGCGCACAGUCAAACGAGUAGAGUAACGGCCUACACUCUUCGCCACCAUGACGGGAUGGCCGUUCCUUAUUCGAUCACGAUCAUCGACACGCCCGGCUAUGGGCACAUCACCGAAAACAAAAAAGACAAAAAAACUACAAGGAAAAUUCACGAGUUUCUGACUCAACAGGAGACUCGUGUCGACGAAAUUCACGCGGUAUGUUUUGUGGCCGCUUCGGGUGACAAUAGAUUAACGACUACCCAGUGCUACAUUGAUUCCGUGCUGUCCAUAUUCGGUAAAGACGUCAAGGAGAACAUUCGCCUGUUGGUGACAUUCGCAGACAAUGCUCAUCCUCCCGUGGUUGAGGCCUGCCUGGCUGCCAACUUUCCCGUGACAUUCGCGUCGGCCGGAAUCACGUUCAGCAAAUUUAACUGUUCCGUCCUUUACGCAAACAACGAUCAACAAGGAGAAGACGGCCCUUGUUUCGACGAAUUAUUCUGGGAUAUGGGACAAGAGAAUUUCCACAAAUUUUUCACAAUGCUGGACGGAAUGAACGGCAAGGACUUGAAAUCAACUCGCAACGUCAUUCAGAGUCGCGGACUGUUGGAACAAUCGUUGAAAAACAUCGAACAAGAGUUGGAAGUCUGUUUUGCCAAAAUCGAAACUAUGGAAAUUCUUCAAAGGAAAAUGAGGGAAUACGGAGUAAAAAUGGAAUCUGAAACAAAUUUCACAUUUGAGAAGACUGAAAUACGCCCAACUAAGUUUCUUUGUGGAAAGGGAUUCUUUGCCUACAAUGUCGUCGUUGCAGUGACACUUGCGAAAAGCCAGUAAAACAAAAUUAUUCAGAAAUACCGCAAGAAAAAAAUUGCGAGUUCUGCACUUGCCCGGCUUCAGAACACGACUACCAGACGUUCGAAUGGCGUCUGACUCCAGUUAAGAUUACCACGACUCUGAAGGAUAUGAAAGCCGAAUACGAAUCGAAUUACGAUAGGAAAGUCUUCGUUGAGCAACUUCUCGCUGAUUCCUCGCAUGAAUUGAAUAUGCUGGCGAAAGCCAAAGUGUUCAGUUUGCUUGAACAGGUUGGCAUCAGCGCCCGAUCACUGGAAUCGACAGCUCUUCGCUCAAAUGCGCACACUCCGUCCGAGUACCUUAGUCUGAUGAUGAGCCGUGUCGCCAAAGAACAAGCGCCCGGUUACCUGACACGAUUAGAAACAUUAACGGAACUGCAGAAUUCUUUGGCCUCCAAUGCAUCAGUCUCAGCGUCACAUAUGACGACACGUAGUAUUCCUAAUCAGACUCACCGAUUAUCUAAAACCGAUGGAGCAACUCACAAAGUAAACUACGGAUUCACAACAUCUCGACAUUCUCACCACGGUAAUAAUGCUAACGACUAUCGGAUGGUUAAUACAAAUACCACUUGUGCUUCCAUUUAUUCCUCUGGAUAUCAUACGAGAACUUCUACUGGCCCUAGCCUUAACCAAUAUAAUAAUCAGUCAGUUAUGACAAGACAAGGGACUGCCAAAUGCGAUUCUUUGCAAACGCUCAAAACGCACGGAUCACAUCGAGGAAAUAAGUUAAACAAGUGGAAUUCCACAAUUCCACGAGAUAAUUGUUGGAAAGAAAAUGUUACAGAUAAGCAAGCCAAAGUUUAUAAACAUGAGGUUCCAAAAGGUGCCACCAAAGCAGCGAAUAAAUUUUCAGCAUUAUAUGAUGUACAGCUUCAACAGUUUAUAGAACAAUCGCUCAAAGUCUCUGGAAAAGAGCUGGCAACCACGCAACAGGAAAUUUCAGGCAAAAUAGAAAUUAAAUCGAAUGCGGCUGCCAUCACUGGAAGUGCGGAUGCAGGGAAAGAUUUGAAUGUUCAUAAAAUUGAGCAAGUGAAGGUAAACGAUGUCGCAGAAGGGAGACCGCCACGCACAGCAUCCACAGCAGCCGAUUUUAUCCAAAAUAUUUUUGUUACUGGAGGGAAGCAAAGAAAACAACGCAGUGACAGAAACGAUCGAGAAACACAUGUCGGACAGACUAAUCUGAAGCUCGAUCGGUACGAAUCCAGUUCGCAGUCGAUUCCUGAACGUCAUGCCAAAAAUGGGUCCGAUUCUUCCCGAGAAGAAAGAGACGAGACUACUAAUAAAGAUGGAGAAAGGCGUUGCAAAGCCAGCACAGACAAAGACGACACAAAACAAGAAAGGAAUAAUGACUAUGGAAGAAGUGGGAUGCAGCGCAAAGAGUCUCCGUCAAACCCAACUAUCGGUGAAGUGUUUUCGAGUCACGGACUGUUGGAAAAGCCGGGUCGACUGUCCGAACAGGUGGGCAUCAAUGCCGGUUCACUGGAAUCGACAGCUCUUCGCUCAAAUGCACUCACUCCUUCCGACUACCCUAGUAUGAUGAGAAGUCGUGUUGCCGAGGAACAAGCGCCCAGUUACCUGACACGAUUAGAAACAUUAACGGAAUUGCAAAAUUGUUUGGCCGCCGAUACAUCAGCCUCUGCGUCACAUAAGACGGCACGUAGUAUUCCCAAUCAGACACAGCACCGAUCAUCGAACACUGGUGGAGCAUCUCACAGAGGAAAUUGGGGAUCAAAAGCAUCUCAACAUUCUCAACACGGCACCGUUGACGACUAUCGGAUGACUAGUACAAAUACCGCAGCUGUUGCUUCCAAUUAUUCCUCUGGAUAUAAUACGAGAGCUGCUAGUGGCUCUGGCCUCAACCAGUCUAAUAAUCAAUCGGCUAUGACAAGACGAGGAACUUCGGAUAGUAAAGAGGGCUAUUCUUCCGAUGAUAACAAAGACAAAAAAGGUUUCGUUGCAGCUGUCAAGGGUUUUCUUUUUAACAAGUAACUUUUAUUCUUCAAAUCGCCAUUUUUAUUGUUGUGUGUUUUUUUUUUGCACUCUCACAUUUGGGAUUUCGUUGGGUUAAAAUUUGAAAUUCAAGAAGAAUUGGUUAAAUACAAAGCUCAUUUAAAAGAAGCUUCGGCUUAUGGAUCAACAAACUAGAAUAAAAGAUGUAAAACAAACUUCCGUUUAGCUUGUCUUAUUGACUGCGAUUGACUGGACAAUUCAAAAUGACCAAAUCCAAGACAUAUUAGAGAUUCCAAAACAAACUUAUUGUUAUUGUCAAAGCAGGUUUAACAAUACACUUGAGGCAUAAAUUCAUAUUAGAGCAACGUCUC